CGGGACGUGCUGGGUGUGUGGAGGGUGGGCACUGCCCGCUGUUUGCCUUGGCACCCCCACAGCUGCCGCGGAAGGGCCCUCGGAGGUUUUGUGUCCCCUCCCUGGCUCUUUGCGGGCUCAGCAAACAGCACAAGUGGCACUCGGCAGCUGGAGUGUCCCCAACCCUCCCCGGCCACCCGGGAUCCUAUAAAUGCCCCAAGCCCGGGCUGGCAAAGGGACAGGAGCACACGGAGAGAUGGAGGACAGCUCCAAAGAGGCGCUGAUGGAGGAGGCACCUCCGAGGUACACGGAGUCCCCGCGCCUGCCCUGCAUCCCCCACGAGCUCAAGAGCCUCCUGCUGAUGGUGGCGCUGGUGGUGGUGGCCCUCGUGGUGGUCAACGUCGCCUUCCUGCUGCUGGGGCUGCACCUCAGCGAGUCCCACGCCGAGACGGUGCUGCGGAUGAGCAUCCAGGGGCUGGAUGGCGAGGGGAGCCCCCAGCAGCUCGCCGUGAGCAGGAGGGAGAGGAGCGGCACGUUCGCCGUGCGGGAUGGGCGCAACGGCUCGGCCGCCGUGGUGUACGACUACAGCAAGCUGCUGGUCGGCUACAGGUCCUGGCGUCACCCUGCCUGCUACAUCACCCGCGUGGACAAGGACAACUUCCCGGGGCUGGACGCUGUCACCGAGACCUUCCAGCGCCGGCAGGAGGAGGACAAGGUUGGGGACAAGGCCGUGCCCCUGGCUGACCGCUCCAUCCUGGGCACCACCAUCAACAUCCUCUGCAGCGCCGUCCCCGUGUUCUGGGCAUACUGUGCCCCCCCAGAAUGGGAGGAAGAGGAGGAGGAGGAGGAGGAGGAGGCAGCAGCAGCCAUGGAGAGCAGCAUGAAGCAGGUGGUGCUUGAAGAGGAGGACUCGGGGAACGGCUGCUGCUGCCCCGGCUGCUGCCUGCCCUGCGCCACGUGCUGCGCCAAAUGCUGCACCAAAUGCAGCUGGUGCUGCACCAAAUGCUGCGCCCGAUGCGGCUGGUGCUGCGCCAAGUGCUGCUGCCUGCCCAAGUGCUGCGAGUGCCCCAAGUGCCCCAAGUGCCCCAAGUGUCCCGGCUGCGCCAGCUGCUCCGGCUGCCUCAAGAAGUCGCUGUGCUUCGUGCCCCGGCUGCUGUGCUACCUGCCCCGCAAGCUGCUGAGCUGCGGCCGCCUGCGCUGCCUGCUCAUCGCGGCGCUGGUGCUGGUCCUGAUCGUGGUCAUCGUGGCCGGCGCGCUGCUGAUGUGGCUGAGCGUGGAGCAGCGCCGCGGCGACAGCGUGCUGCGGGCCGGUUUGUGGGAAGACGACGAGAACGCGGCCACUUUCUACCUGGACAGCGGCGACGGCAACGCGGCCACGGUCAUCUAUGACUACAGGAAUCUGCUGGUGAGCUACAGAGCCCGGCUGCACCGCGCAUGCUACGUGACCCGAGUGGACCAGGACAACAUCCCGGGGCUGGACAGCGUGGUGGAGACCUUCCAGCGCCGGCAGGCUGAAGACAAGAUCGCCAUGCCCUUGGCUGACCGCUCCAUGCUGGGCACCACGGCGGGCAUCCUGUGCAGCCUCCUGCCCGUCUACUGGGCUUAGCAGGGUGAGUGGGGGGCUGCGGGACCCCCGCCCACCCUGCAGCGCCCCCACAGCCUCGCUGGGAGCAUCGGGGCCGCCCCCGCGGUGCCCACCCCAAUUCUGGGGUCCGGGGGUGUCUGCGCUGUGCCGGGGGACAGCUGGUUUGUCACAUAAGUCUUCUCAGCUUCGCCAAACCCAAGUGCAAAAAUGAGCUUAAAAAAAACCAUGACAUUUAAAG